AUGAUGUUAUGGUUGAAAAAAAAUCACCAAUCUUUGAUCGAUCCGAAAAUUAAAGUUCCUUCAUUUAUCGGCUCAUUAUUUAAUUGGCGUCCUGAUGCAGUAACUAUUCCUGAUGAAUCAAAAUAUCAAAAAUAUAUUGAUUCUAUCAAAGUCUCAGAUCUCAACCAAGAGAUGAUUAAUCACAUAACUACAACUAUUAUGAAAUUUUUGCUUUUAGAUCUUAUGUCUGAAUAUUUAAACAAUAACACUCCAGAAAUCUCAGAAAGAUCAUAUUUAUUACGGGUUUUAGAUUAUCUUAGAACCGGACGUCCAUUUAUUGAAGCAUAUACUUUCUUUCAUUGUGUUCUUUUUAUAAUUCACGUAAUUAUAUCCUUUAAACUAAUAUGGAACACUAAUUGUAUAGUCUAUGGGAUGAUUUUAAAAUUUUUGUUAUCUAAUGACAUCGAUAAAAAUAGAGAUAAAAAUAGAAAACAACGACAAGAAUCAAAAUCUCUUAAAACAAUCAUUAAAGAAUGGUUAAUUCUUUCAAUAUUCUAUACAAAACCCAUCAUGGGUAAUCCUUAUUUUUCAACAAGUCCUCGAGAUCUAUGGUCUAAUCAAUGGCAUCAAAUAUAUAAUCAUGUUUUUCAAGAACUUGGCUAUCUUCCUGUCAAAAACUAUUUUGGAUGCAAUAAAACCCUUGGACGUGCGCUUGGAAUCUGUUCUGCUUUUUUAAUAAGUGGAUUAUUUCAUGAUUAUUUAGCAAUAGUAUCUUUUAGUCAUUUUUCUAUAGAUUUUACAAUUUUUUUCUUAUUUAAUGGAAUACUUUUGGUUUUGUGGGAAGCUGUUGAAGGUGAUAUUUUAGGAAGAGGAAAUGAAUUUAAAGAUAGCUUUGGAAUCAAAGUUUUUAAGAUGUCCUUGUUUUUACCAAUUGUGAUCUUUAUGGUACCAUUGUUUGCGGAACCUUAUAUUAAAGGGCUAUAUAUUUAUUCACAUCUGAAUAUAUAUACGAAUUUAACAAAAUUGUUCAAUUGGAGAACAAUGUGA